AUGAAUAACAAUACGUCAUUGAUAUGUUUACUAAAUCAAAAUGGGAUUGAUAUACUUGUAUGGCAAAUAGGUGCGUUAUUAUUUCCUAUUUUUGGUAUACCUGGUAAUUUUAUGAUGAUAAUGACAAUGUUAAAUUCUAAUCGACGACGUUCUCAACCAACAUCUUUAUAUUUUAUAUUUAUUUCAAUUACUGAAUCAAUAUAUUUAGGAUUCUUUUUUUGGGAUUGGCUUGAUGUUGUUAAUUUAGCACCAGAUCCACGUCAAAUACUUGAUUGUGCCUUUUUUUAUCCAUUUGUUAGUGGUACAGGAUAUAUAUCACUUAUAUUAUUUGUUCAAUUAAAUCUUGAUCGAAUUUAUAUUAUUCAGAAACCACAACAAAAAUAUUCACAUUUAACACAUAAACGAAUUUUAAUAAAAAUUAUUUUAACAUUUAGUACAUUCUUAUUUUUCAUUUUACAUUAUCGUUUUUCUGUUUAUUAUGAUUCGAAAGGAUUUAUUAUAUUUGGUCAAUCAUGUCGUGUAUAUCAACAUGCACGUAUAUGGUUUUAUUAUAUAUGGCCUUACAUACAUUUAAUUUUACGAUUAAUACCAUGUAUAAUUAUGAUUUGUUGUACAACAUAUAUUUUUUAUAAUCGCUAUUAUGAAAAUUAUGAUAGAAAAACUAUUUCACAUCGAAAACAACAAACAUUUUCUUUAGUACUUAUUUUUUUUAGUAUAUAUACAUUUUUAGCUGUUAUGCCAAUAAGUAUUUUACAAACAUUUAAUCAACAAAUGUGGAAAUAUGAAUACGAAUGUGUUUCUUGUGAUUGUAUAGAAAUUAAUAGUCAAAUAAACAAAUGGAAAUUAUUAAAUGCUAUAAGUAUUAUGUGGGAAACUUCAAUUUAUAUGAAUAAAUUUUAUAUAAAAUUUAUAUUUUCAUCUGACUUUCGUUAUGAUGUUAAACAAGUCAUAUUUCGUCGAUAUACAACUGACAUCACUCAAAAAACUCAUUAUACUGGAAAUGGAUAUAUAACGGUUUAG